CCCUCCAUUUUGAACAGUUGUUCUUUGAAAGGAUUUGCAGAAGCGAAUUCUGUACGCUAUAAAUUAGAGAACUUGCUUUUGCCCUUCUCUUCUUGCAAGUUAGAACAGCUAAAGGCGACUCCUUUUCUAAUCCCCACCAACGCCGAAGCUAAUUUGCAACUAUGCCGACAGUAAGCGUAAAGUGGCAAAAAGAGACAUUCCAAGGUGUAGAAAUUGACACUAGCCAGCCUGCAUAUGUUUUCAAAUGCCAGUUGUACGAUCUAACAGGCGUACCUCCUGAGAGGCAGAAGAUUAUGGUGAAGGGAGGUUUGCUAAAGGAUGAUGCUGACUGGUCAACUUUAGGAGUGAAACAGGGUCAAAAAAUAAUGAUGAUGGGAACUGCUGAUGAGAUUGUGAAUGCACCAGAGAAGGGACCUGUUUUCAUGGAAGACCUUCCAGAAGAAGAACAAGUUAUAGCAGUUGGUCACACUGCUGGCUUAUUUAAUCUUGGAAAUACCUGUUACAUGAACUCUACUAUACAAUGCUUGCAUUCUGUUCCAGAAUUGAAGUCUGCUUUGAUACAGUAUCAAAAGUCAGGUGGAAGUAAUGAUUUGGAUCAGUCAUCCCAUCUCUUGACUGUUGCCACAAGAGAUCUGUUUGGUGAGCUUGAUAAAAGUGUCAAACCAGUGGCACCUAUGCAGUUUUGGAUGGUGUUAAAGAAAAAAUAUCCUCAAUUCAGCCAGCUGCAUAAUGGAACCUUCAUGCAACAGGAUGCUGAAGAAUGUUGGACACAGAUUUUAUAUACUUUAUCUCAAUCUCUUCAGUCUUCAGUUUCCAGUAGUAGUGCUGAUGCAAUGAAGGCACUAUUUGGGAUCGAACUUGUUAGCAGGGUGCAUUGUCAAGAAAGUGGUGAAGAAAGUUCUGAGAGUGAAUCGAUUUAUGCACUCAAAUGUCACAUAUCUCAUGAGGUGAACCAUUUGCAUGAGGGGCUAAAACAUGGUUUGAAAUCGGAACUAGAGAAGGCUUCACCGUCCUUGGGUCGCAGUGCAAUUUACAUAAAAGAUUCUCGUAUUAGUAGCCUGCCAAGAUACUUGACCAUUCAAUUUGUAAGAUUCUUCUGGAAGAGAGAGUCAAACCAGAAGGCCAAGAUAUUGCGGAAAGUAGAUUAUCCUCUGGAACUGGAUGUUUACGAUUUGUGCUCUGAAGACCUUAAGAAGAAAUUGGAAGCUCCUCGUCAGAUUCUGAGAGAUGAAGAAGGUAAAAAGCUUGGUUUAAAAAGCAAAAACAAAAGCCCUGAUGCUACGGAGAAGGAUGUGAAGAUGACGGAAGCUGAGGGGUCAUCAAAUACGGAUGGGGCAUCCUCUAGUGCAGUUGCAGCAGGAAGUGCAGAACCUGGCAAAGGAGUGCAGUUGACAGGUGUAUACGAUCUGGUUGCUGUGCUUACACACAAGGGUAGAAGUGCUGAUUCUGGACACUAUGUUGCAUGGGUCAAGCAAGAUAAUGGCAAAUGGAUUCAAUUUGACGAUGACAAUCCAAGUGUCCAGCGGGAGGAAGAUAUCACGAAACUUUCUGGUGGAGGUGAUUGGCACAUGGCUUAUAUUUGCAUGUACAAGGCUCGUGUGAUUCCCAUGUAGAACUGAUAUUCGAUUCGUUUGGAACCAUGGAUUUAUGGUAUACCCUUGAUGAUUGGUGAUUGAUGAAAGAACAUUUAGACAUUUUAAAAUUACAAAUGUUACAAGAAGACAGUAUAUGGUGGUGGUUGUCUGCUGAAUUAAAUAUGGAUUUGUUGAAUCUUGUAGUUAUCUUUCUUUGCUUUUGUUUUACUUUACUACUCACAAGUAAAGUUUAUUUUUCUAUAAAAGAUUUUAUUUUCA